AAUAGAGAUUAUCUUAUUUUCCUAUCUUUGUAACCAACGUACUGUGCUUAUCCUUAGGCAGUUUUUAAAUUCAAUUCACCAUUUUGUAUCAGAGGACUAUGACAAACAGUUGACAAUUUUCCAGCUCUUGUAAACCGAUAUUAUAAAUGAAAAGUAUUUGAAUAGACAACAAACAACAACGUGCUUCUCAUAUUAUUUGUGUAUUGCAGUCACUUUUAUUGCAUAUUCAUGUUAACCUUAAGAGGUCAUUGCGCAAUUAUUGUUAUAGAGGUCACCGAGUCACCGCGCAAUUUACAUAUGUCAGUUGACAAGAAACCGGGGAGUUUAAGUGAUUAGCGAAACACUUUAAAAUGUCACGGAGAAAACAGUCAAAUCCAAAACCUUUCAAAAGACUAUCCGACGAUGAAGAUGAUGAAGCAGACAUGAAAUCAACUGAAUCCAGCAAGUCUGACACGGAGUCGGUUUCCCCAUGCCCUGUAAUAGGUGAAUCCAUUGUACAUUCCAAUCCUACCAUAAAGUCUGAACCAACAAGUCCGGAGGUUCCAAAUGACAACGAUCGAGUGUCAAUUCAAGACGAUAAAGCUCCUGUGAUAUUUCUAAAUGACGUUCUUCUACUAAAGAAAGUAGACAAAGACGAAGCUCAUCAGACGGGCCGAUCAUUCUUAGUUUGCGCAGCCAUUCCACUACCUAAAGGUUCAUGUAUUGGACCAUUUGAUGCAGAAAUUGUGUCCCUGAGCUCUAUCCGCCAAGGUGAUAUGGUCUUGCAGGCUCAAGAGGAAAAUGGGGAGACAAGUUUUGUGCGAGUAGAAGACCCAAAUGCUACCUGGUUGACUAUGUUACGACCGGCAGCAAGUGAUUCUGUCCGAAAUACGUCGGUGUUUUACAAAGGAGGCCAGAUUUGGUGUGAAAUAAUUUCUGAACUUAAAUUUGGAGCAGAAUUGUUAUCGUCAUUCACAAUUCAAGACACACCAAAAUCUGAACCGUGUAGUCCCGAUUCAACUGAUUAUAAAGAAAAAGAAGAUGAUAUUGAUAUGGACAUAAAAACGGAAGUGCAAAGUUCGUCAUCUUUAGAACAGACGUCUUCUGUAGCCAAGAACGACGUUAUCAACCACGCUGCCCUACUGUAUGGUUGUCCUUUCUGCGGAGUUCGAUUCAGUAGUGCUAGAACAUUAGAGGGUCAUCUUACUUACUACUGCUCAAAGAAACCAAGUAACUCUGAAAAAGAAAUGAUAAAAGAAGAACCGAAGGAUAAAGAAAGUUCAGAUACAGAGAGGUCUUCAGAAAGUGUGAAAUCUCAAAAUGAGGAGAACGACAAACAAAACAAUGUUAUCACUGAAGAGCGAAGUGAAUCUGAAUCCAACGAAACAAAACUAUUAAAAAAUGGAGAAUUAUUUCAUUGUCCAUUCUGUUGUUACACAUCUGAUAAAUUAUCAAGUUUAAAUAGACAUAAAAGAAUCCACUGCAGAGGAAGUACAUCACCGACGUCCAGUUCGUCAAGUUUAUCCCCUGUAUCCAAACAAGACUCGUAUUGUGCCGAGUGUAAUAUACAGUUCUCGUCUUUUUCUACGUUCAAAUGCCAUAAAGAAUACUACUGUUCAAAACGCCCUGAUGCAAUGGGAAUGCGAACACCCGAAGAUGAACAUGGCAUACAAAACGGUUUUCCGAAUUUGCAAUUCCAAGAACAAAUGUCACCAGUCGCCUCGAAGAAUCUCAAACACCUGAUGAAUGUAUCGUCUGCUUCUCUAAUGUCCGGUCAGACCAAUGUUAUAUUGGGACCUCCUAUUGUAGCACGUGGCAUGCUUAGCAUCCCAUUCGGAAUGCCUACCGUUAUCGUUCAGCCUGUUGUUCCACAGUCACCGAAUAACAUAUCUCCUCGAAAUGCAUCUCAUAUUAAAAUGAAACAAAAGCUUGAAGUAACUUCUGAUCAGCCGCUAGAUUUGUCAAUAACUAAAAAAUCGACGUCAAGUGAUGACAGCGAUAAAGAAAACAGUAUAAGCCCAAAAUCUUUCAUCUCUCCUGAUGGAAAGCGGAGAGGGUCAAUAAAGAGGGAUGAAGUCUCAAACCUUUCCUGUUCAACAUCGUCAUCGCCCGUACAGUCACCAAUACAACGAGAUCGAUCAAGUUCAGUUCAAUCAGAUCAGACAACAUCACCUAUUCCACCUAAUAGGAUUUCUCCAUUUGUAACAGUUCCACCCGUACAGUUUAUUAGUGGAAAACCAAUACCACCGGUCCCGCAUUCUGUUAGUAAAUGUGUGGAUUGUAACAUUGUUUUUUACAAACAUGAAAAUUAUAUUAUUCACAAAAAGCACUAUUGUUCCUCACGACAAACACGUUCCAAUUCAGUGGAUGAUGUUGACGAAACCAGUAAAGAUUCGACAGAAAUUUCAAUGACGAACGCAAAAUCUCAUGCUACCAAGGAAUUUGGAUCUCCAACGAAUGCUCAGUCGGAGUCGGGAAAGACUUCAUGCGUUCCAAAAGAAUCGAAAGAAUCUUCAGCUACAAAAUCCAGUGAUAUGAUAGAACCUGAACUAACGCAGUCCAACAGUAUAUCACCGGUCAGCAGCACAGUAGAAGAACAAAUUUGUCAGUACAUUUGUGAUCCAUGCAAAAUUCGAUUUAGCUCAACAAGUACAUUAGCAGCACACAAGGAAUUUUACUGCCCAUUUACACAAGAGGGUAAGCAUCCAAGUGGAAAUAUGCCACGUGACAACGAUGAAGAAAAAGUUAGUAACGAUGAAUCUAUGAUUAAAUGCAGUCGAUGUGGAGCCUCAUUCCCAUCUGCUAAAAUUCUGAGACUCCAUUAUUGUACUGGUGUUACAACACAUGUCCCACUGUUGCGCUGUCCAUACUGUGAUUAUGUGACACAAACUGAAAACAGGAUAUCAGAACACCUAAAAGUUCAUAUGCCAAGCAAAGCCUAUCGUUGUACCCUUUGUGGAUACAGAGGGAACACUGUAAGAGGAAUGCGCAUGCAUGGCAAAAUGCAUAUUGACAAUGGCGAAGAUUUUUCAGAUGAACACAUGGUGGAAAUAGAAGAGCCACCACUAGUGCCUAUAAUUUUUAACAAUCCAAAUGAAACUACUUCUACAAAUGUGGAAGCAGAACUAAUAAGACUCAAAAACGAACCUUACAAAAGACGACGUUCUCGAAAGUCUUACGAGAAAAGCGAACAUAUGACAAGUAUACGAGAACCUUCUCCUAAGAAUGUGUGUGUUUUCUGUGGGCAACCCUUUAACGACAACACAAGUUUAGCCAUGCAUAUAAGAAUACAUGAGAUGGUAGCGUACCAUGCUGCAUCUUCUAGAAAUUUAAAAUGUCACUUCUGUGAAUAUGUAGCUGAAACCUUUCCUAGUCUUAUGGUUCAUGUAGAACAUAAACAUUUAAAAGACGUAAAGUUGGAUGAUGAAAAAUGUCAGAGACGAGAACAAACAACUCCAGCUAAUUCGAAUUCACCUGAUACUGAUAAUAGACAAGAUAGUGAAGAGGAUACUUCAUCAUCAAAACAAUUGAAGAAUGAAAGGAAAAGCCCUGGAAAAGAUGAUAAACUCUCUACCUCUCCUACUGAAACAAAGGAGAGGUCACUAGCAAAGGAAAUAGCACAAGAUGCGGAAAGGGAACGAACGCUAAGUUUACUUAAUCUCCCUCUUAAAAUUAAAAGAGAGCCCGAAGAAAGCGAUUACAUCGAGGACGAAGACAAAGACAAACAUAUAUCAAAUCUAAAUAACAAUGAAACAAAUCGUAAACGGAAGAGAUCGUCAUCUGCUGACUCGGAUUUGAACAACAGUUCUUGUAGCAAUAGCCCACUGGAAAAGAAAUCAAAAAAUCAUAUCAUAAAAUCUGAGCGUAGUUAUUCGUCCGAUGAGCCUCCAUCGCCAUUAAGGUCGCCAGUUCUUAAUCCAGAGCUAGCACGCUAUUAUCAACUGGCAAUGCAGGUCAUGCCUCCGUUGGUUGUUCCAAGAGUUUCGUGUAGGACGUCACCAACUGAUCGUACGACCGAAAAGUUACCAACAAAUGCAAAGUAUUGUAAAUAUUGUGACAUUUCUUUCACGUACUUGUCGACAUAUGUUGCACACAAGAAAUAUUACUGCACAGCCAGACAACCUGAAGAAAUGACUUCACCAGCGAAAGCAUGAAUGAUAGAAUCCUGGUUUAUAGGUUUGAUUUUGAUUGUCAUACAAUUGAACUAUACUUAGUAGAAUGACUUAAAAUUGGUACAUACUUUUUGAUAUAAGUCGUGUAUCAUGAAAACAUCAAUAUUGUGCAUAUUGAUUUUUUUUUUAUUCUUUUUACCAGAUGUAUGCCCCCGACGACAUUUUUAGUAUAUGGUAUAUGGUAUGCUGUUUUGAUUAUCCACUCAACUCUGCCUACAAUUUUUAAGCUAUAUAGUUUUCAUAUUGAGGAAUAUGUGUUCUCAUACUACUGAUUUGCAUAUUCUGCCAAUACUUUAUUCAGUGAAUUAGAGUAAAUUUAAGCAAUGUUUGCUAAAAUGAUUGUAUAUGGUGUACGUUUUUCUGGUCAACUGCUUCAAAGCUUGAAUGGUUUUAUUUUCAGAUGUGUUGCGAAUUGCCAGAUUUUGUCUUCAAUGCUUAAACGUUAAGUACGUAAAUAAUAAUUUGAUUGACAUGUUGUUAGGAAAUUAUCAUAGUUGUGUUUUCAUUAGCAUUUGUUCCCAUUUUUAUUCGUUCAGGGGGAUUGUAGUAGUUCCUGAUCUAAACUUUGUGUUGGAAAUUGUAAUUGUCUGCUGCAAAACUGUUAUUUAUUUUACAGUUUAAUGAGAAUUUGGUGCCCUUUUAACAAUCAAAUUGGUGAAAACUAAGAAUAUUGAGUUGUGCUAAUUUUACACAUUCCAUUUUAUAUUGUGAUGCUUCAGUAUAGUGCUAUUAAUGUUAUGUUUGAUACUAAGAACGUGUUUAUUAUUGAGAAAUGAAAUUGGACAUGAAUCAAGGAAAUAAUAAUAUUUUAAUAUUUUACAACAUACAAAAAGACAUUUAAUCGAUCUAAGGUAGACAACUCUUGAAUAUAUUGCCGAAUAUAUACUAGAAAGGAAAAAAUAAAUGCACACGAAUCAUGUUUAUUAAAAUUAGAUCUAUCAAUCAAAACAACCUAAUCGUUCUUAUAUGUUAUGUUCUUAUAUGUUAUGCUGUUUAUUAGGGCUAGUUAUUUUAUUUACAUUAUAUGUAAGCCACUGGUUUUCUGUUGCUAUUUUUCUAGUCGUUGUAUACAUAACUUUGUUGAUUUUCUACACCUAGAAUGUCUGAUUAUAUGUGGUUAUUAUCUUUGUUAAGAAAUAAAUAUAAAGAAACUUGUA